AUGGACACCACGGCAGGUCAACCUGGCUCUGUCAAGCUGGACGACGAGAGGGCUCGUCUCGCGAAGCGCGUCAAGCUUGAACAACUCAAUACGACAAUGGUCGUGCAAGAAAGUGCCAAGUUGGACUCUUCUUUGAAGCGACACACUGCCCUCAUCAAGCGCAUCCGUCAGUCAAUGGCCUCUGAUAACCGUGAACAAAUCGUGAAGGACAUCGAAUCUCUUUCACUGGAGAAAUACAUCGAUGAAAUUGCAGGGGCCGUAAUAGAGGGUCUUGCACGCUGUAAGACGGAGAAAGAUAUCUGGGGUGCGGUGGAGAUCAUCUCAACUUUACAUCGUCGUUUCUCAAAAGUAUUUACACCUGCCCUUGUGGCCAACCUUGCCUCAGCGAUUUCUGCCCCACCUCGAGCUUCCUUAUCAACUUUGACGCCGGAACAGAGAGAAAAGGAAGAUUCUGCGCGUGUCACUCGACAGCGUCCCGUAGUGCGACUUUGCUCUGAGCUUGCCCUCGUCGGUGUCAUAAAAGAUGCUCCGGAUAGGAGUGGUGCGGAGUGGAUGAUGAAGGCCAUGAAGGAAUUGCUUUCCAAUGAUCCGAGCCUCUCUUCCUUGCCUCUCUUGACAACAUUUUUGAAGGGCUAUUCAAGACCUUUCUUGGGCAUCAGCCCGCCUGCUUCGUCGAAGCAAGUACCGCAGGGUGCAGAGCCUGGCGAUUUAUCCAAUACCCAGACCAAUGGGGACGAUGAUGGAGGACAGUUCCCCCCUCUUGCUAAGGAAGACGAAGAGCUAGUGGAGCAAGACAUACGCGAUCGUUUCAAGCGCAUGUGCGAAGGGUAUUUCGAUAACGUCUGCAAGAAACUGAUCAUCGAACACAAGCGUCUACAAGAGCAAGAUAGGCGGAAUCACGAAGCGUACAUACGUUCCGGGGAAAUAUUUGAAGAUCGCCAACAGGCCUACGAGAAAAUGACAAAAGGCUAUGAAAAGCUGCUAGCAAGUUGUCAAUCUUUGUCGGAACUGCUUUACCUUCCUCUUCCACCUCUUCCAACCUCUUCCCAGAAAUCCGAUUCCAUUCUUAUUGGAUCUCACUCAAGCCAAACAAACGGAGACGCCGAGGAAAUUGUCAUCGCUGGAGGUAAAUGGGAAGACGAAGAAGAGAGAAGAUUCUACGAAGACGUACAAGACCUGAAAGAUUUUGUGCCGAGCAGUGUGCUGGGAGUCGAGGGACCAACUGAAGCAGAGGAGGAACAAAUCAAAGAAGCUGAACGCGAACGUAUGGAGCAAGAGAAGGAAGAAGUCAGACAACUGGAAGAGGAACUAGAGAAACUCAGCGUCGGCUCGACAGAGGACGCGAACGGUGUUGUAAGCCAUGAUGACCAAGAAGAAGAGGAAGAUGCUCCCACCCCCACUCCUGGCACUCCCAAAGCAGCAACCCCUCCGUUAUCCCCGCAGUUGGCACCACAAGGUCCCUCGCAACUGUUGACGGCGCUCCUCGUUCGCCUACCUGAUGCCACUAAUCGGGCUUUGAUUGAUCAAGUCGCGAUCGAUUUCGCGUUCUUGAAUUCCAAGGCCGCGAGGAAGAGACUAAUUCGGUUCAUGACACAAGUUCCUAAGAGCAGGACAGAUCUCCUGCCUCAUUAUUCGAGAUUAAUUGCAACGUUGAAUAAGUACAUGCCUGACAUUGGCUCGGAAAUAGUUGCAUCUUUAGAUGAAGAGUUUCGAUACUUGCAGCGAAAAAAAAAUGUUGUCAAGGAAUUGGCAGAAGUCAGGUUGAAGAACAUUAUUUUCCUCUCGAACUUGACUAAGUUCCGAGUUGUCCCAUCGCAUGUUAUCCUUCACAUGUUCAAAGUUUGUCUGGACGACUUUUCGGGGACCAAUGUCGAAAACAUUGCACUUCUUCUAGAAGGCUGUGGUCGGUUCCUUCUUCGAAGUGAAGACACUUCAGAGCGAUUCAGCACUAUGCUAGAACUCAUGCGUAGGAAGCAAAGUCUCCAGCACUUCGAUCAAAGGCAGCUUCUCCUGUUGGAAAACGCGUAUUAUCAGUGCAAUCCUCCUGAGCGAGCACCGAGACAAGAGAAGAUACGAACACCGAUGGAACUAUUCAUUCGACAUCUAAUUUACGACGUGCUAGCGAAGAAAACGAUUGACAAGGUCCUGAAACUCAUCCGCAAACUCGACUGGGAUGACGAAGACGUGAAACGUACUUUGCACAAGGCCUUCACCAAGCCGUGGAAGAUUAAAUACAGUAGCAUCGGCCUUUUGGCGAUGUUGACGUAUGAUCUCCAAAGAUACCGACCGGCAUUUGCAAUCGCCGUGGUUGAUCAAGUACUAGAAGAUGUAAGGCGGGGGCUCGAGCAGAAUGUCUACAGCACCAAUCAGCGGAGGCUCGCGACAAUGAAAUAUCUUGGAGAACUCUACAUCUAUCGCCUACUUAGCUCCAGUAUUAUUUUUGAUACACUAUGGUCUCUCGUCACCUUCGGGCAUCCUGAUGGUCGACCAUUGCCAGGACAAGUGGCACCUUUGGACGUGCCCGACGAUUUCUUCCGAGUUCGACUUGCCUGUGUGUUGCUUGACACCUGUGGAAUGUGCUUCGAUCGUGGCACCCAGAAGAAAAAGUUGGACAAUUUUUUGACAUUCUUUCAGUACUAUGUCCUAUGCAAGGAUUCUCUUCCUAUGGACGUAGAUUUCAUGCUAUCCGAUUCCAUCGAGGCUGUGAGACCCAAGUUGGAAGUGGCUAAAACGUUGGCUCAGGCAGCUCUUGCUGUCGACGAGAUGUUCAAUUCAGCGUUUCAAGCAACUGCUGAAGACAGCGGUGACGACAGCGAGGAUGAUGACGAGAGGCGGGAGGACCAAGAUAGGGAUGAAGAAGAGGCAGAGGACUCAGGGGAAGCCGAGUCACCAGUUGGCGAAAGACCUCCGUCCCCUGAGCAGGAGGUUGUCCUUUCGGCUAGUAAUAGUCUGCAAGAAUACCUCGGGCCAUCCGAAGAAGCGGAGGCCGAGUUUGCGAAGGAACUUGCUAAGAUGGUCACGGAUACCUCCGCAGAGUCUCGCAAGGUGGACAAGAAGACCGCCCUGGCGCUUUGGGAUUCAGCUGUCCUGCCUCCAACUGUUCGCAAAAAACGCAUAGACGAGGAUGAAGCAGUAGACAAAGACGUAGGUGGACCAGGUACAAUGUCUUUCACUGUCGUAACAAAGAAAGGCAAUAAACAAAACACACGUCAUAUUGCCGUCCCUGCUGCAUCUCCAUUGGCAGUCCAUACGCGCUCGGCCCAAGAACAAGACAAAGUGGAACAGCAACACUUAAAACGCCUCGUGCUCAAUUAUGAGCAAAGGGAGGAGGCAGAAGAGUUGAAAGCCCUUGAAGCCCGCAGCCGUUCUGGCGCUAUCAAGAUACGUUAUGUCGGAUGA